ACUGAGGUGCAGCUUUGAAUCAAAGCAGAGAUCACAUAGAUGCCCCUCACUGUCAGCUCAAAAGCGCCCCUGCGAUGGCUAAGCGGAUCAGUGUGUCAGUGAGUAUACACACAAACGAAGACGGCUCGUCGUGUCAAUGCCGUCUGUCUGUCUGCCGGAUCGCUGGCCGCACAACAGAUAGACGAGUUCAAUAAAAGUCAGCACACACACACGGCAGAUGACAUAGACACCCCACGUCGAUCUUGCCGCCACACGCACACACACAAUGGACAAAAGAAUAAAAACCACCGCAAUCACCACACACACGACAGGCCGACGGAUAGCACACGCACACACACACGACAAUCCCACUCGGCCAUCCAACACACGCACUCACGCAGUCAAAGCUCUCUGUCGCUCUCACACACAAUCGCGUCGAAUGAAAAUGAAACACACACACGGCAGACAGAAACCGCCACAUGAGUGUCUGGGUGGCCGACAGACAGACAGACAGCACACUCACUCCUUCGCUCAAAGCCGAGGCACAACGAGGGAGGAGCCCCCGGCCGCACACAUGAGUGUGACAGACACACACAGCCGCCCCCACGUGUGUGUGUGUGGACUCUCUCCUACUCUAUGCUGAUCAAACGCAGCUGAAUGUAGCGGGGACCGGCUAUGAUCUGCCUCGUCUCCCCCUCCCGCAUCGACAGCACCGCCUCACGCAGCAACUCGUACCCAAAAUCAGACACACGACGCACCCACCCACGGACAUCGUACGCUUUGUCCCGGCCGUCGAAUGCAUCACGCCAUGCAAUGGUGUCGACCUUGACACGGUCGUUGGCCGUUGGCACUCUGCCGGUGCCGGGCGUGAUGAUGCGAUACCGAGCACCUAACGGGGUCACAGUGAAGCCUUCACUGUCACUGCAAAGGAAGGGACCAAGCAUGACAGACGGCGAGGUGGCUUGUGUCCCUCCUCCUUUGAACCGACCUGGCCCGCUGCUGCUGCGUGCCGCUCGGCUGCGGUCCGGCGGUGCCGGCAGCAGAAGUCCCCACCGGCGCACCGCCACCACUGGCAACACUGACACACACGCCAACACGUGAGCCAGGGGAUCAACCAGUGUGGCAGUGACGGGCAGUCGCUUUGAUGCACACCUGUGGCUGUUGGGUGUCCGCUCGGCCGUCGGCCGCUGGGGAAUCCCACGCAGCCUUUAUGCAGCCACACAGCACACGAGAGAGAGGGGGGGAGAUGGCAUAUCGGUGCGUUUGAUUGAUUACCGGGGGUCUUGUUGGUUGCCUCCUGCUGUGCCGUAGAUGGGAAUGAGGCUGUCGACCGUCACGCCCGCCUUGCACACCGGACACGACGUCUGGUCCUCUUCGAGCAGCCACUUGCCAAGACACGCCCAGCAAUACUACACGGCACACAACACACCCCACACUCACACAACUCAUGUGGUGCCUCGUGGUCUCACUCACCAUGUGGCCGCAUCGCGUGACGACCGGCUCCGUUGCGCCCUCCUUGCAAAUGCCACACGCGAAGCGACCUGGCGCCUCAUGUGUGGCGCCGCACUGAGGGCAGCCUGCUGCUGGUGGUGGUGGUUCGUUGUGGUCUUCUCGACGGCGGCGCUUGGAACCGACAGAUGACCUGACACACAGGGGGGCACACCAAGUCAAGAUGAACACACAUGUGUGUGCUGUGCUGUGCUGUGUGAGUCCCCUACGUGUCUGUGUCGGCGGAGCCGAACUUGAUGUGGUCGUGGAAUGACCGGUCGAUGGCCACACGCUGCCCCUGCACAUCCAUCUCGUAGCCGCCACGGCCGUCCUCAUACACACGACACUCAAACACUCCGACGCUCGACGGCGAUGGUGCGGUGGGAUCCGCAGACGACCAAGACGAGCCCAUUGAUUGAUGCAGUACUGCAGGCGGUGCGACGAACGAUACUCGAUCAGCUGCAUCCACACACCCGCACAGACACGUCCACAAGUUAGUGUCUGUGUGCAUGUGUGAGGCUGUUUAUCAUGGUGUCAUCGGGCGUACCUGUGCGGCUCUGGUGCGGACAGGGCGACGCGCGACGAAUAAGAGGCAAGGGAUGAGGACACCGACACACAACACUGCUCACCUACCGACACACACAACACUCGGAGGCCUCUGUGUGUGUGCGUGUGUGUGUGUGUGUCCUCACCUGUGGUGUCUGAGGGUGAGCGACAGAAAUGCAGUCAGUCAGGCCGUCACCGAAGGCAGUGAUGAUAUCCCUCCCGCCACACCCCUCACAAAAUACUAAUGGACCUGACAGUGUGAGGUGACAGACACAAGGAUGGGCGCAUGCUUGGCCAGGGGUGCGCUCAUGUGUGCGGGCCGACCUCUCUGUGUUGUGUGUGUGACCACACUGAUCAAGAUAGAUACCCUCAGAGGCGCCACACACACAACCCAGAUCUGACACACCAAGAGUGAUGUGUCCACCGUGCUGCAUGUGUGUGUGUGUGCCUUUCUCUCACGCCUUUGUCUGACGCCAAUGAGUGCGGUGAUAUCUGACUGACCAGCACCGCCUGCACACACACAUGACACACACAUGGCAGGAAGGGCUGAUGCGUUUCUGUCAUCGGUGGACGGCCAUGUGAUUGUCGUUCGCUCACCUGUGCCCUUGCUGACAAACCGAAUGCGACCAGACAAAAAACACGUUUUCUCAAAACCCGAGAGCGAGCAGUUUCAUGGAAUGUCCUAGGCGCCUGACGGCCAAGUCUGCUCUUUCACGCACAAUCAAUCUGCGAGCCGAUGUUUGUGUCAGCCAAGAUCGGAUUCAUCGGUUUGGGUUGGUAGUCGGCAGACGAGUGUGAGAGGCGGCCGAGGAGCCAUUAAAUGAGUCAAUGCGACGAAGCCGUCCACUCAGCCGUUUGUCCAAUGGCUUCGCGUCUUUCGUGCCGUCGGUGUGUCUGUCUGUCUGUGUGCCUUUGUCGCCCGUCUGUGUCGGCCGGCCGCUCCUCGAGAUGAGAUGCCACUCGAUGGCCAGGCGGAUGACAGAGACCGAGGCACGACGGAUGCACACAGCGCAGCACGAUCGAUAUAGACACGAUUGGUGGAUGCAUCAUCAUCCGAUAACCGCUCUCUCCCCUCCCUAUCCAUGUGAUUCGUGUGCCGCCGUGUGUGAUGGAUGGCGAGCCGCCGAGAGAAUCACCGGCCCAUCGGUGUGUGUGACGUGCCGGCACUUCACCGAACGACGAUCCGCCCACCACACACACGGGAGCAGACAAAGGGAGGAAGAGAGAGUGAACACACACACACACACACACACACGCACACUUGGAUGGAUGUCGGCAGGCAGAGGGGAUGGCAAAAGGCUUUCUGUCUGUCUGUCUGUCUGUCUCUGUCUGAUUGGCCGCCGCAUCUCAGUGUUCCCUCCCGCCACACACACGGACGGAGGCGGAGUGACCGACAGAACCGAACACACUGCUCACGUCCACCGCCGCUCAGGGAGGCGCCACACAGAGGUGCAGCUUUGAAGCCAACCAGUUAUCACAGGCAUGCACCACACUCUCGGCUCAAAAGUAGCUUUGUGAUGGACAACUGGAUAAAUAUACAAGUACGUAUGUAUGUCAUUGAGUAUACACACAGACGAAGACGGCACAUCGUCUCAUUCCCGUCUGUCUGCCAGACCAUGCACACAACGCCCAACAUGCACACACACACACGAGGAAAAAACUUCACUUUUCACCACCUCCCCCAUCGCG